AUGAGUUCCACAAACCAAACAGUUAACGGGGUCUCUAUUGAAGACAUUGUCAACUCUCAGGAGAUCCCCUUCGACUUGGUGCAACGCGUCGCGUUCCGGAAAGUGAAAGCCCCGGAGAUCGCAAUCCUCCCACCAGAUCCUCAAUGGGUUGAGCGCUUCAAGACGUUGAAGGCACGUAUCGAGACGGUCUUGCAGGACAGCAAUGCGAUCAGCAUCCUCGCCAUCAAUCACAUUGGGUCGACUUCCGUUCCCAACCUCCCUGCCAAAGCCGUGAUUGACAUAGACCUCGUCCUCUCUGACAACACUCUCUCCGCCGAACCCCACUACGUCCCACAGCUCGAAGCGGCCGGCUUCCAGUUCCUUCUCCGCGAGCCCGCAUGGCACGAGCACCGCUUCUUCGCAGGCCACGAGCCGAUGUCAUGCAACUUGCACGUCUUUGGGCCGCAUUGCGCGGAAGUGGAGAGGCAUCGUAUCUUCAGAGAUCGGUUGAAGGAGCAUGAGGAUGAUCGAAAACUGUAUGCGAAGACGAAGAUGGACUGUGCGGCCGCGAGUAGGGAGAAGAAUGAGAUCAUGGAUCAGUAUACUGCGAGGAAGCAAGAGGUCUUGAGGGGCAUUUUGGACAGGGCGUUCCGUGGUUUGGGCUACUUGGAUGAGGGUCAGCAGCACGAUGUCGCAGCCUGA